AUGAAAAACCAAAAUGAGAACAAGUGCCCCCUGAGAGGAACCUCCCACCCAGAUGCUCCUGGAGGAGAGAUGAAGACAGGAAGAGCUGCCGGGUCUGAGGCGGAGGUGGUCAUGUCUGUCAUCCUACUGGUCCUGACCGUUCACCAGUUCGGGGUGGGCGGUGUCACCCUUAAGGACAACCUGGCAGACUGUCUGAAGGACCAGGACUACAAUCAGCUCCGGCGGAUCGCCCAGAAGGGUCUCCCCAGUACCAGAAACCCUCAGCAUGUUGUUAUCGUGGGGGCGGGGAUAGCAGGACUGACCGCAGCCAGACUACUGCAGGGCGCCGGUCACACGGUGACCGUCCUGGAGUCCAGCGGUCGUGUUGGAGGGCGGGUGGAGACCUAUAGGGAUGAGGAGGAGGGCUGGUACGCAGAGCUGGGCGCCAUGAGGAUACCAAGCUCUCAUCACAUCGUUCAUGACUUUGCUGACGCUCUGGAGGUCAAACUCAACAGAUUCAUCAUGGAGGACGACAACACCUUCUACCUGGUAAAUGGGCUGAAAGAAAGGACAAAAAAUGUGAAGAAAAACCCAGACAUCCUGAACUAUGACCUUCCACCAAAGGAGAGAGGGAAGUCAGCUGACAAGCUGCUAGCGGACGCCCUGCAGAAGGUUAAAGAUGAAGUGAAGACCCACGGCUGCAAAGCUGCACUGGAAAAAUACGACCAUUACUCUGUGAAGGAGUAUCUGAAAGAGGAGGGAGGUCUCAGUCCAGCAGCUGUGAGGAUGAUAGGCGACCUGCUGAAUGAAAACAGUUUGUUGUACACGGCACUGACGGAAAUGAUCUACGAUCAGUCGGACGUCAACGACGAAACCACGUACCAUGAGGUAACUGGUGGAUCAGAUCGCCUCCCCAACGCCAUUUUCAAGGACCUUAGCUGCACGACUCACUUCAACUCCACGGUCAAAGGCAUCAGUCAGUCAGACACCGGCGUGUCUGUGACAUAUCAGACAGACGGCCAACCAAUGACCAACCUGAACGGUGACUUCGUCUUGGUAACAUCCACAGCCAGAGCAACCCUUCUGAUAGAUUUCCAGCCCUCCCUCUCCACCCACAAGAUGGAGGCCCUGAGGUCAGUUCACUAUGACAGCUCCACCAAAAUCAUCCUCACCUUCAGAGAGAAGUUCUGGGAGAAGGAUGGCAUCAAGGGAGGGAAGAGCAUCACUGACCGGCCCUGUCGUUUCAUCUACUACCCCAGCCACAGUUUCCCUGACAACCCUGAUGUGGGCGUCCUCCUGGCUUCAUACACCUGGUCUGAUGACUCCCUCCUCUUUGCAGGGAUGAGCGAUGAGGAGCUGAAGGAGGUGGCUCUGAGGGAUUUGGAGAAGAUCCACGGAGAGCAAGUGAGGUCUCUGUGCACCGGGGUGGUGGUGAAGAAGUGGACCUUGGAUCCGUACAGCCUGGGUGCUUAUGCGCUCUUCACCCCCUACCAGCACCUGGAAUACGCCAAGGAGCUCUUCCGCAAUGAGGGGAGAGUGCACUUUGCUGGCGAACACACCGCCUUUCCUCACGCCUGGAUGGAAACAGCCAUGAAAUCUGCAAUCAGGGCUUCCCAGAACAUCAACAAUGCAGCUUCCUGGUCCCCCAAGUCAUGUAGGGGCCAAGUCCAAGAGGAGCUCUAA